CGCCCGCCGGGGAGACCCAGAGCAGGGGCCUGCCCAUCUUCCAGGCGCGGGGGCAGCUGCUCCGCCAGCUCCGGAGCCUGGACAGCGCCGUCCUCAUCGGGGAAACAGGCUCAGGGAAGACCACUCAGAUCCCGCAGUACCUCUACGAAGCAGGAAUCGGCCGCCAAGGCAUCAUUGCGGUGACCCAGCCUCGUCGGGUAGCUGCUAUCUCCUUAGCCACCAGAGUCUCCAAUGAGAAGAAAACCGAGCUGGGGAAACUGGUCGGCUACACCGUGCGCUUUGAAGACCUCAGCUCCGAAGAGACGCGAAUCAAAUUCCUGACAGACGGGAUGCUCCUCCGCGAAGCCAUCGGUGACCCCCUGCUGCGCAAAUACAGCGUCAUCAUUCUGGACGAAGCUCACGAGAGGACGAUCCACACAGACGUGCUCUUUGGGGUGGUGAAAGCGGCGCUCAGGAAACGGAAGGAUUUGGGCAAAUUCCCGCUCAAAGUGGUGAUCAUGUCAGCGACUAUGGACGUGGACCAGUUCUCUCAGUACUUCAACAGAGCCCCAGUCCUCUACCUAGAAGGCCGGCAACACCCAAUCCAGAUCUUUUACACCAAACAGCCUCAGAGCGAUUACCUCCAAGCAGCACUGGUGUCCGUCUUCCAAAUCCAUCAGGAGGCACCUUCUUCUCAGGACAUCCUGGUGUUUCUGACUGGCCAGGAGGAGAUCGAAGCGAUGACCAAAACCUGCCGCGACAUUGCCAAGCACCUUCCCGACGGCUGCCCCCAGAUGGCGGUGAUGCCCCUCUAUGCUUCGCUGCCCUACUCGCAGCAGCUCCGCGUCUUUCAGCCUGCCCCCAAGGGCUAUCGCAAAGUGAUCCUUUCAACCAACAUUGCGGAAACCUCCAUCACCAUUGCAGGAAUAAAAUACGUUGUGGACACAGGCAUGGUGAAAGCAAAGAAGUACAGCCCCGAGAGUGGCCUGGAGGUGUUAGCUGUGCAGCGGGUGUCGAAGGCCCAGGCCUGGCAGCGUACGGGACGAGCGGGGCCAGAGGACAGUGGCGUCUGUUACCGGCUCUACACGGAGGAUGAGUUCGAGAAGUUUGAUAAAAUGACGAUACCAGAGAUCCAGAGGUGUAACCUGGCCAGCGUGAUGCUCCAGCUCCUGGCUCUGAGAAUUCCCAACGUUCUCACCUUUGACUUUAUGUCCAAGCCAUCCCCCGAUGCCAUUCGCGCAGCCAUUGAGCAACUGGAUCUGCUGGGGGCGGUGGACCGGAAGGAGGCUCAGGUGAUGCUGACCCCGCUGGGACGGAAGAUGGCAGCGUUUCCUCUGGAACCCAAGUUCUCUAAGACUAUCCUCCUGUCCCCCAAGUUCCACUGCACGGAGGAGAUCCUGACCAUCGUGUCCCUGCUCUCAGUGGACAGCAUCCUCUACAACCCCCCGUCCCGGCGGGAUGAAGUGCAGUCUGUCCGGAAGAAGUUCAUCUCCAGCGAGGGAGAUCACCUCACUCUGCUCAACGUGUACCGAGCCUUCAGAAAUGUCAGCGGCAAUAAGGAAUGGUGCAGAGAGAACUUUGUGAACAACAGGAACAUGAUGCUGGUGUCGGAGGUCAGAGCUCAGCUCAGGGAUAUUUGCCUAAAGCUAUCAUUACCGAUUGAGUCCUCCCGAUCGGACACAGGGAAUAUCCGCCGCUGCCUGGCUCACAGCCUCUUCAUGAACACUGCAGAGUUGCAGCCCGAUGGCACCUAUGCCACCGUAGACUCCAACCAGCUCGUGGCAAUCCAUCCCUCUUCUGUCCUCUUCCACUGCAAGCCAGCCUGCGUCACUUACAACGAGCUGCUUCACACCAACAAGUGCUACAUGAGAGACCUGUGUGUGGUGGAUGCAGAUUGGCUGUAUGAUGCUGCACCCGACUACUUCCGUAGAAAGCUAAGAGCAGCCAAGAACUGACCUGCUCUGUGUGCCACCGCACGAACCCUGGGAGAUUUCUAGGGUUUUUUGUAAUGAAUGUACAGGAACAAUAGUGCUUUGCCUUGCCAAUCAGGUAGGGCUGUACAGGAAAUGGCUUCUUCACAAGAGCCAUACCUCAUGCACUGUUGGACUGGCUUAGAACAAUCAUCCUUUAUUACAGUUAAUAAAUAAAAGGGCAACAUCACACAUGAACAUAGUGUAUAUAUUAACAUGUGCAGGUUGGGGUGGUGGUCUUGGAGUCCAAUUUUUAAAACUAAUGGAAAUAUAUCGGGGUUGUGUAUGAACAAAUGAGAUCCCACGGGGACCCUUUUGAGCAGAGCAGGAAUUUUUUGACAAUUGCCCUUGUCUCCUUUGCAGGCUUUAUCGGCAAAAAGUUUUAAAUCUUUGUGUAUAGUUGUAUUAACAGGACAAAACUACCUUUUUUAAAUGUACAUUUUUUGGAGGGAGGUGCUAAUGAAUUUUACCUCGUCCGACAUCUUUCUGCCUGAUGUUACUUUCACCUAUUUGACCCAUCUGAAAGCAGGAAAGGUUUAUCUGAAUUGACAGCUCUUCAUUGCUUGUACCUGUUUGUAAGCCCAACCUUGUGGGGCUGAUAGCGGUGCAGUGGCAUGGCGAGAGAUGAUCAGUCACCUCCGUCGUUUGCUAGCGGAGGGACUGCAGGCAUCUCUUUCAAAUGCUUCCUUCGUUUGUAAUUGCUGCACCAUCAGCCCAGCAGUGUCUCUCUCAUCCCGUUGGUUUUCAUGUAGUUGUGUAGCAAACCAGCUGCCAUGCAGGUAAAAUGCUUCUGGGACUGCCCCCGUUCAGCCACACCAAAGUGCCAAUAUUCCCAUGGAAUGCUGGCCCUUCACCACAGCUGUGGACGUCGGCAUUGGCAGGUUAGUUCUAAGCUGCUAGGCGACCCUUGUACAUCUCCACACUGCACUUCUUGCCGAUAGACACAGAAUCUGAAGCCAGUUGGCCGUCGCAACGCCAAACUAGGGAAAGCAAUGGAUUGACAUUUGGACCGCCUACAUCUGUAGCGCUCGGUUGUUUACAGCAGUAAUGUGUGGCUUUGGCUUCAAGAGCUAGUGCUGAGAAUUGUCUCUCAAGCAAGAGAAGUUGAUGUCGGUUUAAGUGGUCUUGCCUGGUGGUUGCAGUUGCCCAAUAGUAGUACAUAAUGUGCACAUGCACUGCAGCAGUAAAGGAAUGCUGGGCUCGCAGCCAGGAUAGAGUUCAAUGCAAGAAGAUUUUUAAUCCACUAUGGAGCUUUUCUAAGUAGUAUGUGUUAAAGAACUUAGGUAACAUUUCUGCUGUGAGUUGGAGUUUGUUUUUUUUAAAUUGGCAACAUGCUGGGGUCUAAGUCUUGCUUGGGCAGGUGUGGCUAGUCACAUGUUCCAGGCAAUUCAUAACUAAGUAAUCCAUAGAAAAGUCAUAACUACAGAUGAUAAACCAGAUACUUACAACUGAAAUGGUUAAAGUAGCUAGGUAUGAAGCUCUCAGGCUCUUUACAUGGCAGACUGUCUGCUGAAUCAGCAAAAACCAGUGUCCUCUGCACUUGCUUUUCAGCAUUCCCACAAAGCACAAAUCUUUAAUGAAAUCUUUGCUUUUUACUUAGGAAGCCAGGCACACAUUGUUGGGCUUUAUCACAGACUGUUUAGUGAUGUUGAGUUGGGCAGCGAUCUAUUAUGUAUCGCCUCUCUCCAAAUGCCACAGUAAUUACUUGACUGUAUAACCAGCUAUCUUCUGAGUACAGUCUUUUCCUGUACAUUGUGAUUGAGAAACAUUGUUAUUCCUCACUAUAUCUGUGAGAGAGGGGAUGGGAUUCAGACUGCUAACUUUUGUGCUCUGCCAGCUCAAAUUGUUGUGCCAAUCUUUGCCUGAAGAGGGUUUCUUUACCAUAGUAGCCAAACCAGAAGCAAAGACUUUGUUCCAGACUGAAUCCAGAAAUCUGGCAGGAAAGAAAUUGCCAUCCAACAUACUGUCCUACACACAUAUGUUUGUGUUUCCUCUUUGGCCAGGUUAGAACUUCCAAGUUCACUACUUGGAGGCAGCAGAUCACAUGUCUUAUCCUUUGCAAUAGUUCAUCCGUUUCUUUUGCAGCAAACUUUACAGAAAAAAAAGAUGAUGUAAUUGAGAGUCAGACUUCCUCAAAGACUCUUUAAUCAUCGUAUAAUUAUUUUCUCUCUGUUUUACACCAGUAUUUUUCUGCUUUUUUGGGGGUUGUUUUGCCCUUCAUUAGACCUUUGUAGGACGGCAACAUUGGCUAGGAACAUUUCAUCUGUCUUUGGCAUUUUGGGCUUCCUCCCGCAUUAUAGCAUCUAGUGGUCAGAUGCUUCACUGUAGAAAAAUGGCAAUAAGAACCAAUCUUAUUUUUAAUCCUGUGUUUUAUACAGGAACUAAGGCAGGUUCAGCCAGUCUAACUGCUUGAUUGUCCAAAUAUUAUUUGCCUCUUAAUGUCUUGAAUAAGUGGAAUGGACUGUUCUAUAUUGUCCAUAAGGUAAGGUACAGAGAAAAAUUAUAAGUUUUAAAAAUUAAAUCCUUUUGAGUAUUUCUAAAACAACUUCUCUGGGAGAGGUAUCUUCUCAGUUCAACAGAAAUCUCUUUGCACAAUUUGAGUUGUUCAGUUUUAUGAUGAGUUGAAUUAAAGCAGAUUUCUAAAAGGGGAAGAUGGGAAACUUUUAUCAGUUAAUGUGAUUAGUUAACAUGAGCUACUCUGGGAUAUCCCAGUUUGACUAAAAUGGUGUUUAGUCCACUCUUGUAUUUUUCAAACAUCCAUUUUACUUUGUUUUUUAAUCUUUUAAUGGUGCUGCUCAGGGAUAGAAUCAUAUUGGAAAACUCAUUCUUCUUCUGAACAGAGAAGGUGCUGACUUCACUGUGCAACCGUCAGGGAGAAGUUAUGCUUCCUGUCUUGUUUUCCCCCCC